AUGAAUGCAUCACAUGUAAAUAAUAACAAUAAUCAUCAUCACAUUGGUAACACUAAUUAUACUACUAGUCAUAGUAAUAACAUCAGUAAUAUUGGAAGUAAUAAGCAAAUUUCUAUAGAUUUUCCAACAAAUCCAAUUACUAAAUAUUUUAUUAUUGAGAAACAAACAGCAAGUUGUGGACCAGAAUUAGUAUGGAAAGUAUAUGAUGCUGUACGACGUCAAGAUCAAAAGCCAUGUUCUGUAUUUUUAUUUGAUAAGUCAAUUGCUGACAAACUUCAUAAACCUCGAAGACGUGAUAUUGUGACUAGUGUAUUAAAACGUGAUGUACGUUUAUUAACUCAACUUCAUCAUCCUAAUAUGUUGCAUAUUUUACAUCCGAUAGAAGAAACAAGUGAAACAUUAUCAUUUGCAAGUGAACGUGUAUUUACCAGUUUGGCCAAUAUACUGGGCAAUCAUACCAGGCUACAACAAUUCGUUAUACAAAGUCUUAAAACAUUUAGAUUUACUGAUAUGGAUAGAAAACUUGGAAUUUAUCAAUUAAAUGAGUUAUUACGAUUUCUACACACUGGUCAAUCAUUGUUUCAUAAUAAUAAAAAACAUGAUAUAUCUCAAUAUGAAUUAGGUCCGUCACCAUGGACAAGAAAAUGGCCAAAAAUGGCUAGACCAGAUUAUCAUUAUUCAGCACCAGAAUGUUUAAAUCUAACAAAUAAUAAUAAUAAUAUAUCAAGUUCAUUUGCUGGAUUUCUUACUAAAACAUCUACAGAUUUAUAUCAUGUAACUAAUAGAAAUAGUCCAGAUCAUACAAUAGAAACAACAACAGUAACAUCAACAAUGAAAUCUCGAUCUAAUUUAUCUCAUGAUAUACCUGGACCAUGGUCAGAUAUGUUUUCAUUAGGUUUAAUUAUUUGUGCAUUAUAUACAAAUAAUAGUCCAGCUGAAGGAUCAGUUCAAUGGUUACAAAAUAUAAAAAAACGUGGAUUUGAUAAUGAUUCAUAUACAAAUACAGAGAUAUCAUUUGUAAAUUGUAAAGAAAAUAAUAUACAAGAAACUAGUACAGAAUAUCUUCAUGCAAUUCAAUUAAGUCAAAGUACAAAUAUACCUGAAGCAUUUCGAUUGUCAGUAUGUCGUAUGCCUUUAGAAUUAGUUGAACCUGUGGAAAAAUUACUAUCAAGGAAUUCACAAAAGAGACCUAGUUCUCAAUUAUUUGCUUUACUGAAAUUUUUCAACGAUCCUACAAUGUUACUAUUAGAUGGAAUUAUUAAUUUCGAUGUGAAAUCUGAUGAAGAUAGAACAAGAGCAUUACAAAUUUUACAAAAUAAUGCAGAAAAUUUAUCAAAACCUAUUCUUUAUGGUCGAAUAAUGCCUACAUUGAUUGAAUUACAUCAACAACUAGAAACAAGACAAUUUAAUAAACAAUCCAAUGAUUACAAUACAACAUACAUAACAUCUCAUUACUCUGUAUCACAAGUAUCACAUGAAGAUAAUUGUAUUCAUUUAGAUUCAUUAUUAAUUUCUGGUUUAGCUCAUUUAAUUGAAGUUUGCUCUUCAAUAGAUUAUACAGAUUAUAUUGAGAAAGAUUUAAUAAAUAUCUUUGAUAAAAGUUCAAAUUUAAAAACAAAAAUAUGUUUAGUACGUCAUACACGGUCAUUUUUAAGACAAGUUCCAGAUAAUGUAAUUGAACAGUAUAUUAUACCAUUAAUGAAACAAUGUUUAGUAUCAAAUAAUAUUACAGCUCAGAUUGUUGCAUUAAACAAUUUAGAAUUGUUAGUUGGAUAUAUUUCAUCUUCAGAUUUGGAGAUUAUUGUAUUACAAAAAAUUAAACGAGCUUUUCAAUAUAAUCAUCAACAGUUACAGUUAGCUUCAUUACAUUGUUUAGUCACUAUACUAACACGUUUAUCAGAUGCAAUUAUUCUGAAUGAUGUAAUACCAUUUCUUUUGACUGUUUCAAAUGAACUCAAGUUAAAUAUAAACAAUAAUAAGUCAGCUAAUGAAUGCGCCCAUGAUUUCAAUAUAGAUAUUGUCGAUGAUAAAGCUUAUGAUGAACAUGAUCAAACACAGAGUAAUCGUGUUGAACAACCGAUUUCUGAAUUAUGCAAUGCUUGGAAACAGUUACUGUAUACAAAAUCAUAUUUAUUGGAACCUCAAUUGAUUGUUACAGAAAUUUUUCCAAGUCUACUACCUCAUGUUGUUGAUAAAAAAGUCAGUAUAACUGAGUUUCGUAUAUUAAUGUCUACACUAUAUGCACUACUGGAUCUAUUGGAUAUUCCAAAUGCAGAGAAUGAUGAUUUAACUGAUUCAAAAACACAAUAUCGAACUGUUCCAGCACUCACAGUUAAUCCUCCAAGUUUAUCUAGUGGGCAAAUGUCAAAAAGAUCAUCAAAAUGUGAAAAUCUCGAAGACACAAGAAUGGGUCCAUCAAAAACUAUUGCUCGAACUGCUGUUUCGUUUGUACCAAUGUUACAUCCAAAUCAAAUUAAAGAAUUAGAAAAUAGUCCAAAUAUUACAAGACGAGCAAGUGCACAUGUUAUCUGUCCACUUCCCCCACAGAACAGUGACUUACGCUUUGAUAAACCAACAAGUGAUAUAAAUUUAUCAGAUAAAAAAAAUUAUACAUCAUUUCUAGGUUUACAAUUACCAAGUGUAUCUAAACUACGUAGACAUAGUUGUGAUGCACAACGUCAAGAGAAAAACACUACAUCACAUAUACCAACAAAUAAAAUAAAUGAUAAUUUAUCUAGACGAAGUAGUGAUCAAUCAUUACAAGAUACUGAUAGAACAAAUUGGUAUACAAUUCCAAAAUCUCGUGGUUUGUUAAAUUCUGAAGAGAAAAAUUUACUUACUGCUCAAGUAUGUGAAGGACCAUUUAUUCGUACAUCAAAUAUACAAACAAAAUUGAAUUGGAAUUCAUCACAAGUCAAUGAACCUGUGAAACAAAUCACAUCAAAUAAUAAAUUGGGCAAUGAACUAAAUGUUGAACCUCGUACAUCAAGACGAUCAAGUUUGAUAGCAAUUGGUGAUUCUGUGAUAAAUCUAUUAACUAAAUAG